AUGGCAAAAAGGUUGGGCCUCAUUGCAAACCAUCUCGGGAUAAAGAACGAUCCUGAGCAGUCAAAGAAAUGAGGAAUUAAAAUCCCUACGAUAAAGGAAUCGUUUGACUUCUUUUACUUUGAUAAGCUUCUUCCAAAAGAAACUAACGCUAGGCGAAAAGAACUUCGCGCUAUUUUUGAAGCAAAGUUUUCGCCUAUAGUUUCUUCAUGAACUGAGAAAUCAGAGUUUCCUAAGUCGUUGAUCGCUGCUAUUAGUGAGCUCAAGCUAAUUGGAUGAAGUGAAGAAAACUCAACCUCAAAGAUUGAAAAAUCUCUGAUUAUUUAUGAACUUGCAAGAGUAGAUGUCUCUAUCGCGAUCUUUUAUGUAGCCUCUUUCAGCUUAGUAGUACACACCAUAGAGAAAUUAGGGUCUGAAGAGCAAAGACUGAAGUAUUUGCCAGCGCUUUGCAGCGGAAAUUCAGUUGGGUGCUGAGGAUUGACUGAACCAGAAAUUUCCAAAGAGGUGACAGCAACCCUUACUGCUGAUGGCUAUAUUCUUAACGGUACCAAAAGGUGACUGGGAAAUGCAUUAUUAGCAGACAUUAUCAUAAUAUUUGCAAAAAAUAUCACGAAUAAUCAAGUAGAAGGAUUUAUCGUGGACAGUAAAUCAUCUGGCCUCUCCAUUAUGUCUGGCCAUAAAAAAUUGCCUUUAAAGAUGCUUAAAAGUGGGAAUAUAAUUUUGAAAAAUGUCUUUGUUCAUGAAAAAGAAAAAUUAGUGAAAACUCAUAAAUUCGCAACAAAUACGAAACUCGGACUUGAGUAUUCAUUAUUACCAUCAUCAUUAAUUAUCUAUAACGUUUAACAUCCACGGCUUUGUUCGACUCAGCUCCUGCGCGUGCUCCGCCUAAAUGCUAGAGCCUCUUGAUCGCACAGAGGAUCAGUUCCUAUGGCUAUCCCAGAGUUAAACCGCUGUUGCUGUGCAGAAGUUCUCGAGGUAAAAUAACCCUAUAAAUAAAAUUGCUUGAGGAGAGAAAAUCAGCAGAGCUAAUUUUACUCGAACCAAAUGCCAUUUUAUUUAUGGACUCAAGCAUUCAGUCAGGAUUUUGACCUCACAAAUUUCAUAUUUAACAACUGGAUUCUAUCAGAGGUCAGCGAAGUACAUCAAGGAAAGAGUCCCACUUCCAGCUUACUUAGCCUCCGUGCAGCUGAGUAAGGAAAAAUUUGUCGGCUUUACAGGAAUGGCAUGGAAGCUCAUUCAGCUCUUGAUGAAAGGGCAAAUGACAGUCACUCAAGGGCUUUUAGUUAAACUAAUAGCGAAAGAAGCGAGUCGGCUGGGCAAGGGAUUUAUGGAAGGCAACAACGCAUAUACAAUUUUGAUGUGCUUCUGGCUUGAGGAUUUAUCUUUAGAUUUUAAUUAA